GAAGCGCUUCCGUGGCAACAAGGGACGCUAGAGUAGACGCUAAGUUGGUACAACUAGUGUUUCAAUGUACAAUUUACAUUGUAAAUCUAAAUAUUCACACAUGGCAUUGGAGAUAAUGUGUAACGGAGCCUUUCAUGUCAAAGGGCGCCGUGUAUACGUAGCUAGCUAACAUGUUUUUAGCCUCCAGCUAGCUAACACUGCUGCCUGUAAUGAAGGCUGCCGUUAAAACAUCGUGAGGACAAUGAGGUUGAGAUAAAAACAAACAAAAAAAGCACCAGAAAUUAGGAAGAAGAUGUGGAAACGAGGCGGCCGAAGUUCUGCCUUGGUCCGAGCAGAGGCUCUGCUGUCCGCAAAGAGGAGCAGCACAGGAGCCUCUGAGUCCUCACCGAGGUCCAUAGACACAACCCGGGAACAUGCAGGUGCUGUGGACAAGUUCAUGAAGACCACAUAUGCUCCUCCGAAUCCCCACACCUUACUCUCAGAUUUGUCAUCAGUCAGCUCUUCUUCCGCAGAGAAUGGAGCUGACACUCUUGUUCCUGAAAAGAUUCAGGUACAUGACGGGGUUCCCACCAAGGCCCUCAGACCUCAAAGCUCUCUGGAAGUAGGAGUAGAGGUAGGACAAGGAGGAGGGAGCAGGUUCUUGAAAAAGGUUCCCCCACCUUCAACCAGCAACAGCCAGUCGCCUGUGAGGACGAGCCAAACACAGCCAAUGUCUGAGCCAAGGUAUGUGUCAUCAUCCCAGCAUAGUUCCCAGACUGCUGUGAUUAGUAGACUGGCUCAAAUUGAAAGCCGCUUCCGCAGAUUUAAGCAGAACCAGGAACCGGUCACACCGGGAAUUCCGUCACCAUCUCCAGAACCAGAGAGAAGGCCGGUGUCAUCACAGUCCAGCAGUGAACAGAGUCUGAAGGGGAAACGUUUCCUCAAGACCAAGGCUGCUGUGGCUGCUGACAACACAAACGCUGCUCCCUCUGGGACUCCCACAGGCUCAGGUCCUGGUGUUGGGUUUAGGUCCAGAGCUGCUGGUGCUGCACUCUCUUCGGUUGGUUUGGAGAAGAAGUCAUUGAGAGUAGUGCAUGGUGUGAGUCUGGAGAGUGAUGAAGAGGACAUGAAGAAACUGCUUGGAGACUCUGUGGAUUCAACAGACAAAAGCUUGUUUGGACCACAGAGUGCGCUCUCCGUGAGAACAGCAAACAAGGAAAACAAGUCCAGAUCGCCUCCAGCUGCUGUUUGUCCUUCUCCCCCUUCUGACCGAGCACCGCCUCGCUCCCCUGCCUCCCCCUCCUCCCAUAGUUCUCCUUUUCGAUUCACUGGCCAUGUUCGGGCCCAGUUCAGCCCCUCUGCUCUCUCUCUGUCCCCUUCUCCUCCUCACGUCUCCCCCUCUCCGAAAAGGAGACAUAAAUCUCCCCCGUCAUUCCAGCGCUCCUUCUCCUCUAUGUCUGGCCACAAGGAUGUGCUCUCUCUGGAGGAGCUCUUCCCUGCAGGGCGUCGCUCUGAAGAUCCUGACAGCGACAUGAGCUCAGUUGCCUCUGAAAGUGAGAGAAAUUUCAAGAUGAACGUGAUGACAGUAGAUGAUCUUGUCCCCGCUGCCUUUGAAAUCACGGAUGAAAUGCCAAGAAAGGAGAUCAUCAGAGAUGAUCAGAGAGAUCAUCAGCUCCCGAGACUGAGGGUGGAGGAGAAGGAGAGGGUGUACGAGGAGGAAGUGCUAGAUUAUCAAAGUGACUUUGAGAGUGAGAUCAGGACAGAGAUGGAUGACAGCGCCAGAGAUGUUGCAGAGGACUUGCAAGGAGAAGAGACAGAUGUGGUGUCUGAGGUCAGGAAGGAGGCUUGGAGUUCAGACGCGUCCAGCGAGAGGAUGAAAAAUGAUUACUCCAGCCGUUUCUCAGACACAGAUUCACAGACCUCAGGCUGCAGUCGGACGUCGGAGUCGUACAGCAGCAGCAGCAGCAGAAGCUCCAUAUCUGUGUCACACAGCAGACGCACGCCACAUCACCAGAGGAGAUCAGCUUCUUCAGAGAGAAAGAAUGUUAAAGAUGUAGCAGUGCAAACACAGCCUGACACUGUGGCGUACUCAUGGUCAACUGGAACGGCUACAUUUAAUCCUCCGUCAGCCCCGACCUUCAUGACUUACACACCACUGGCUUCUUAUACUCUCAGUGCAGAAAGAGUGGAAGCUCUCAGCACCUUCAGUCCAGCUGUGUUUGCACUCAAUGAGAUGCUGAAACAGCAGCUCGCCAUGACGAGACGCUUCAUCGAGAGCAGCCAACGCAUUCACUCCAGCCUAGUGCAGAGUCUGGAGCCACCAAACUACAGGUACACAACGCUGGAAGACACCAAGGAGCGCAUUCGAAAGCACAGAUCUCCAAAGCUCACGAUGGAGGAAGCUUUAGAGAAGGUGCAGCAGGAAAUGAGGAGAAAUUGCACAUGAAUGCUGAUGCAGAGUGAAACUGAAUUACCGAUCCAUCUGUGUGCAGAGGAAGAAAUCAGUCAGAGCAGUGAAGAGCUGAACUAAUACUUGAUUCAUGUGACGCUAGAAUGUGUGAAUGAACUGGAUUUACACAGCAUCACUGUUAUGUUGGUGUGUUCUUGAAGUAUAUAUUAAUGGAUUCAAGUUAUUUUUGCUCAUGAAAAUAAUGAGUUCUUUUGUAUUUUUAUAAAUAAAUAAAUCAAUUUAUUCAAGGAUA